CAAGAAACAAAAAAAAUGCGAGAACGCCUGAACGCGAGAUUUGUGAGAAGCGAAUCGGUAAACAGUGAAUAUUGGUGGUAAAAUGCUGUUUUAAUAUUUUUAUUGCUGAAAAUCAAAUGUUGUGUGUAUUCUUCUUAUCAGCGUUUAAUAUUUGUAGACAUUAAACAUCAGUGCUAAAAACUUUGAUUUGAAAAUGAGAUGGUUCAACCAAGAUCAGAUCGAUGCUCCGUUCUAGGCUAGAGUUUGAAAUGAUUUGCUUUGUGGUAUUUGUUCUAUCAAUAACUGACGUAUUCCUUCUGAACAAUAUUUUAAAAAUGAAUCACCCAACUGUUAAUUUGUAGGAGUUUUGUUUUCCACUAUGGAAAACAGGUGGAUUUUUCAGUUAUCAGCUGAAAUGUUUCUAGCAUAGUUUCUGUAAACCAGCAUGAAGGAAAUGGUCGGUGGGUGCUGUGUGUGUUCGGACGACCGUGGGUGGACUGAAAACCCCCUCGUGUACUGUGAUGGACAAAUGUGUACUGUUGCUGUUCAUCAGGCUUGCUAUGGAAUCGUGACCGUGCCUACUGGAAACUGGUACUGUAGAAAAUGUGAAUCACAGGAAAGGACGGCUAGGGUGCGAUGUGAGCUGUGUCCAAGUAAAGAUGGCGCUUUGAAGAGAACAGAUAAUAAUGGCUGGGCCCAUGUCGUGUGCGCUCUCUACAUUCCGGAGGUGCGUUUUGGAAAUGUCACCACAAUGGAACCGAUACUUCUCCAGCAAAUACCUCCAGAACGUUUUAAUAAGGUGUGUUACAUUUGCGAGGAAAGCAAUAGAGGAACAAGAUCGACGAUUGGCGCGUGCAUGCAGUGCAACAAGUCUGGCUGCAAGCAGCAGUUCCAUGUCACGUGUGCGCAGGCGCUGGGUCUCCUCUGCGAAGAGGCCGGAAACUAUCUCGACAAUGUCAAGUAUUGUGGCUACUGUCAGCAUCAUUAUUCCAAAUUGAAAAAAAGUGGAAACGUGAAGACUAUACCACCAUACAGACCAAUUCCUUCAGAAAACGCGUCAGACUGUUCCAGUCCUGAAAAGGAGCCAGGAGAGAACUGGGCGAAAACUUCUGCCAAGAGGAAACUCAGCUCUGGAAGCAGAUCUCAAAGCGGCUCAACACAAAACUCGACUGGUUUAAAGGGAGUGAGUCCCAGUGCCAUAGACGAUGAAUCGAAUUGCAGCAAUAAUUCUGGUCUGACAAGUGUCAUGCAAGGCAAUAUGGCUUCUGUAAAGACUGAAAACUCCAAUGCUAAGUACGCAGGCAACUUCAACGAUGGCACCAACUCCAAUGAAAGCUCACUGGCCAAUGAGCCGAUCAAGGGAUCUAACAAAAAGCGAAAGAGCUUCAAAGAGGAAGCCAGCGCACCCGCCAACUCCAACGAUGACGCAUUGAAAAAAAUUAAGACUGAACCAUCUCCACAAGACGGAUCUUCUCAAUCGGCAUCAGUUGUGGUUAAAAUUGGUGGAAAUAAUUCGACUACGUCUGGAGCAUCGAACGCAACAAACCCAGCUUCAUCCGCAACAGCCAGCAGAAUUGUUACAAGUACGCUGACACCGGCAACGACAAGCUCGAUAGUGGUGUCGGUGCCUCUGCCGGUGCCCUUCGCCGGCCUUCAGACCACCACCGCCACCGCCACGGCCACCACCAGCUCGGGUGCCUCCCCUCAGCCCACCACCACCGUCGCCAUCUCCUCCUCCUCCCCCGCCAGCAGUGUCACCUCCGCCGACGACCCCCCCUCCAAACGGGGAAGGUCACAAUCGGUAGAAAAGGAGGUUCGGGGAAGAAGUAGGAAGCGUGGAGGGGGAGCGGGGUCGAAACGUGGUGGGAGGGGCAGCCUGCCACCCCCUCCGCCCGUUUCUCGCCCCCCCACCCCGCCACCGGUUGUCCCCGUCCCCAUCCCUGCACCGAUUUCUCCUCCAGCAGUCACCACCACUGCUGAUGCUGCUAGUCUCACUCCACCCGCCACAAUUGUAACUAGCACUUCUACCUCCUCAGCCUCAGCCGUACAGCCCCAGCCAGCAGCAAGUGUUGUUGCCCAUAGUUGGAACGUAGCGACCAAAGAGCCGCCUUCUCCACCCAGUAGCCCUGAUGCAUUAAAACGUUCAUCCAAUAGCAAAACCCGUACUAAGCAGCCAGUAGAAAUAAAAGAAGAAGAGAAAGACGUGAAGGACGUUAAACUAUUCCAAAAUGGUGUGAAUGCGCCACACAUGCUCGGCAAUCAGUUGAAUCCAUCCUCCACAAUGGCUCAAAAAAUGUCGGAUACAUUGAAUCAAGAACUGGAAGCUCAUAGUAUAUUCACUAAUGACACUAGCAGUCAACCAACCAGCAACCUUGUUGGUCCACAGCUGCAUAGUCGAGUUAUUGCCUCUGUUAGAUCUUCGAACGCGGCAACUCCCAAUGGCUCGACGGGCAAUAGUGGUGGAGGGGGGACGACAGGAGGGAGCGGUGGUGGGGGAGGUGGCCUGAACUGGGGUUCUGGCCCGGGAACAGUUCCGCAAUCAUUGGAUCAGCUGCUCGAGCGCCAAUGGGAACAGGGAUCUCAAUUUCUCAUGGAGCAGGCUCAACAUUUCGACAUUGCGUCCCUCCUGACUUGUCUACAUCAGCUGAGGGCAGAAAAUCUGCGCCUUGAAGAACAUGUGAAUGGACUGUCGCAGAGAAGGGACCAUCUACUCGCUGUCAAUGCCAGACUCGCCAUUCCUCUCAAUCAGUUGCAUCCGUCGGCAGGUGGCAGCAACGCGCAGCCGCAGCAGCAGCCGACUGCGGCCGAAGCAGCACCGGGACGCACAUCCGCGUCUGGCCGAGUGAACAGCACCUAUGGCGGCGGUGUGCCCCCCCACCCCAUGGAGAACGGCCUGCCUCCCUCGCCUCCCACCACGGGACCCUACCGGACUGCAGGCGCUCAGCCUUCUCCCAACACUAUAAGCCGCCACCACAGCUCUGCCAAUUCAGCGUACGUAUCAAGCACGCCCGGGGUGGUGGUGCCGAGGGGGGCACACAACGUGCAGCCGCCCGUCUCCAGUGAGCCACAUCGCGCCAGUGAUACCCGAAGGUCGAGUUCUCAGGGCAUGCAACAGGCUGCUAACUAUGCGUCAAUGUACUCGUCGCAGCAGCAGCAGCAACAACAACAGAUGGUAAUGAGACGAGAGGUGGUGGGAGGUGACAUGCACCAUCAGAUUCCUCCGUCUUCGAAGCCCAGCUGAAAUCAGACCUUGUCCUCGGACCUGUUGAUUCAGGCAAUCCAGUCGUUCUGCGGAUGAAGGUCAACAGUUCAGUUAUGGCUAGCCACUCAUCCAAGAACAAUGCAUCCUUUUACAGGAUUGUUUUUUACAAAAUAUUAUUAGUGAUAACUAGGGGAUGAAGUGUAUAAAUUAAUUUAUGAUUCAUUUUAGUUUUACUUAUUGAUUUUUUCUCAUUGUCAUUCGGUCAAUGUAGUUAUCAGGAUUUUUUCUUGUAUUCAGUUGUGAAAGAACGGAUUAUUAUUUUUCUGUAGUAGGUAUUGGUAAAACAUGACAGGUAAUUCAAGGGUCUUGAUACUUUGGAGAAUUUUAUCUAAUUUUUAAUUUAGUAUUUCAUUUUUAUUUAUUAUUUUCAUCUUGUGAAAAAACUUUUGAUAGUAAAAAUUUUUACAUAUUAGUAUUAAGUGGUAAUACAAUCGUGUUGAAGACAGUGAUAGACCUUUUUAGAAAAAGUAUGAAAUUCAAAUUAAACUUGAGUAUGAGUAAUUUUAUUAUCUUUGAAUCAUAAAGGGGGCGGGGCGUUAACUCAUUGACCUAUCUUAGCAAAGUUUCAUUAGAUGGUGAUAUGAUGUAGCCCAUUGUUACAAUAAAUCUAACCAAUGAGUAUUUGAACUGCGGAUAUACAUGUUUUGUAAAGCGCUAGAUUUUGAACUUAAUUUGUGACACUGGUGUCUAGUGAUGGGCGAAGUGAUGGACUCUCACUAAUGAAUAACCUUCAAAUUUGUUUGUUCCUCUGGAGAGUUUGAUUUUUAUUUUACUCUGUGCUAUAAUAAAUUGAAAAUCCAGGGAUUUUAAACUGAGUUUUUUUAUAAAUACUACUAUUGUUUUCAUUUUUUUUCAAUAUAUACUUUUUUGUUUUGGAUUCUAUGGCUGCUUUUAUUAUUUCCACUUUACUGGUCUUUAUGUUUGUUGUGUUAAUAGUAUUCGUUGAACGAUUUUUUGUGAAUUUUGAACUCUCAUUGUGGAAAAUGACAAACUACUCCUAAAAUAGUACUCUGAUGUUCAUUUCCUUGUAGUUGGACUGAGUUUUAAUUCAUCUAGUAUGAACACUCUACAGUUUCCACUAGGCUAUGAUUGUAAUAAACUUGUCCGCUUACAUGAGCGUUUUUUGCUAGGAUUAGGAUAAUAAUUUAUUCAUUCUUAUUUCUUGACGGAUAGAAAUGAAUUAUUUCAAUGGCAAUUAGUAACAGAAAUAAUAAUAAUCUAAGGAUUCAAAUAAGCAAUCGUGAUUUUAUCUAAUAUAAAUUCUACAAAAUAAUCCAAGUACCUGAAAAUGAACUUGCACAUUUUCCCUAUAGCUUGUAAUUUGAAUGUAAAUAAACUGUUUAAAAAAAAUUGGGAACAUCUUUUUAUUGGGAAAAUUAAACUAAUAGGAUUAGUCUCUUGAUUGUAGACUCUAGUGAAAAAAGCAAUAAAAUAUACUAUUGUAGAUCGUAUAAUGUUAUAAUUACUAUUUACGUAUGUCAAGAGAAUCGAUACCUGUCUUUGAAUUUAAUGUGUGCGCUCCUGCUUUUAGAGGGAAUUUUUCAGAUUCAUUUAUGAGUUUUUUCUAUAGUAUUAGAAGAUUUCAAGAACUGAAUAGUAAUUGAAUUUCAUGAAAUUUUAAUCUGAUAAGUGUUAGGUUUACAUGAAGGCCGUCCGCCCACUGUGCUGCCAAUGUUUUAAAACUACAAUUGACGGUUUUCAAUAAAACAUAAUGUGUGAAAUGUCUAUAACCCAACCUAUUUCAGCUUGAAAUUAAUUGUGGGUCCUCUCCAUAAUUAUUGGAAAAACACUUUUAUUUUUGUUGAAUCCACAUUCAUUAAACUUAAUGUGAGUUUUAUCAUUCAUAUGUGGAUUUGACAAACAUAAAACUGAGUUUUUGAAUUGUAGGCUAUAAAUGAAGUCGGCUGCAACUUUUGAAUGAGAAAUGCAAUCGAUUCUAAACAGAAAGCGUGUAGGGCGGUUCCCAUUUGGUUUUAUUAACGAUUGUUGUUUUAAACAUUGUUGCACCAUGGGCAAAAACUAAGAGAAUGAUAUCUCUUAUGAUAGAGAAUUUGAACCUUAUGUUAUUUUACAAAUUCAUAGAAAAUCAUAAACGUUCUGUUGUAUGUUUCUUAUAGGAUUAGGUUUAAAAUUAAUUGUGGAAUAAUAUUAAGCCUAGCCCACGGCUUCAAUGAGAAUUUUCUAAUAAAACGUCACACAUCAAGUAUUUGAUAUUCUAUUCACCAUAUAGUCCAGCCACUAUAUACAUUGGUGCUUGCAAUUGAUAUUGUAGUUCUUAUUUUUUAAUAUUCAUUUCAAUAUCAAGUAAUCUUUUUUAUAAUAACGAGUUACCGAGAUUACAUAGCUUUGAAUAUAGAAAUUGGCCAUUUUUUUGUAUCAUAAUAUGUGCUUACGUACACUCAAGAAUAAAUUUUCCAUUUUUCGACCGAAUUUGACUUAUGAUGCAUGAUAUGCAAAAGAUUUUGGACCACCUUGACGAGCCGAGAAGAAUGAAGUGUAGUACAGUGAAAUCUGAGAAUUGUGUCAAAAGUUAUAAGUGUUUGAAAUUAUGAUUCUUGAUGCGUCCUUAUGCGCGCCUCUCCACUAGGAAAUACUGAAAUGAAGUGCAUCUAACAGGUGAUUCUCAUAGAACAUAAUCUCAAGAACUUAUGUCAAUGUGAGGACAAUGUAGUAGGUGAUGAUUGAAGCUGAAAAUGAGGCGUUUUCCACAAUACAAGGAGCAUUGUUGUCAGGUGUACCUGGAAAUCUAUAUGAGAUCUACCUGAUCUUAGAUUGUAGAGCACAUAAAUACGCCCAGAUGGAUUUUGAAUUCUACAUCUAAAUGGUAAAAAUCGGAAGAUAUUGUUGAUCAAAAUCUAAAAUUCAUUAGAACUUAUUUUUUCUUUAAAUUUUACUCAUUUUUGAAAAAUCAUAACUCAUUACUCAUUGGAGAUAGAGAGUUCGAAUGAUCUCAUUCUAUUCAGAAUUUUAUAAUCUAAAAAAACGUGAGAUAAAAUCUUUCCGUCCGAUUACUGGAUUUGACAGAAAUAGCUGAAACCUGGAGAAUGAACCGAAAAUGCGAGGUUUUGGGGCCAUCCUGUAUCUAGCACAAGGAAAUUUAGCAUGAAGGAAUUGGUUCUGGACUUCUCUCACGUAUCCAAAUAAUAUAUUAAAACAUCAGAACUACAAUAUAAAUUGCAAGCACACCCCCUUUUUUAUGUCUAUAUUGACUGAACUAAUAAGUGAAAACAGUAAUUCAAGAAUUCAUUUAACUCACAAUUCUACAACGUGUAUUUAAAUUUAAUGUUUGAAGAUUAACUAUUAAAUUGAUCAUAGAACCGAUGAUAUGAAAAAUGUAAUAACUUUCAAAGCUGUAAUUUUUUUCUCAAAAUCGGAUAUUUUAAUUUUGUUUGUAAAUAUCUUCUUAUAGUUACAGAAGUGUAUAAUUCAUAUUUGCUGCAGGAAACAUUGUAUAGUGCUUGAAUAUUGUGUGGGAUAAUGGAUAGGAAAAUAAGAAUAUUGUAUUAAUUGGAGAUAUGAAUAGUUACAAUGUUAUGUAAUUAAAUCGAAUAGAGGAUUUUGCUGUGUAGCUCAGGUAUUGGUAUUAUGAGUAAUCAUCAUGAGGGAUUGGUAUUAUGAGUCGGCAAAACUGAAGCUGAAUUUUACGAAUUGAAAUGUGACUGGCGUAUUCUAAUCUAGUUCUUGUGUGCAUUCAGCUUACUAUUCAACAGACUACAUUUACUGUCAUAUUUAUAAAAGAACAAAAUUAACCAUUUUUACUGUCCAUUGGUUUUAAACUUGGAAGUUUCUUUUCAGAUUCUUAAAAUACUUGCACAUAUUUGUUCAAAGUAAGAAUAAAAAAUGCGGACCGUAAAAUAAUUAUACUCUUUAAUCUUGAGUCAGUAUUGACUGCAAGCUUUUAAAAUGUUUUCAGGUGCUUUUGCUGAAAGAGUAAAACGAUCCAACGUUAGAGCCCGUUUUCAACAUUCGCGAGUUUUUUAUAUUAAUAAUAGGCCUAUCUAUCUAUAUUAAUGGUAAUAUUACUGAUCACUUGUUGUCAUUCACAUUAAUGAAAGUUCAUGUCGGUUUUAUUUCACUUGAGAUUUGUAAUUGCAUUCAGAAUGCGAUUUUUGAUACAAUUUUGCACAUGACUGCUCUCCUUAUUUUCACUCAUACAUUGAUAAUAUUCUGGUUUGGUUUGGAUUACAAUUUGUAAGCGUGUGAAAAUUGUCAAUUAUGAUAGUUACUUGAAUGAUCUAUGUAUUUCAGAAUGUCAAGAACAUUAAUACAAAUUAUUGCACAGAUUUUAUGAUUGUGUAAUCUUGAAAACUCAAAUAAUGAAACUAUCUCAUAGGUAAACUUUUAAUCAAACUUGAAGAAAUACUAUAGUCUAGUAAGUAGUAUGGUACAUUCAAGCCACACAAUGACUGUUAAUUUUCAUUUAGUUAUCCUACGAAAUAUUUUGAAAACUUACUUGAUGAAAAUGGAUAGCAUACUCAUGUUAUUGUAAAAUUUCUUCUCCAGAUAACUAUUAAUUUUUCCAAAAAACGUGAGUUUCAGAGUCGCAGGUGACGCUUUCGGUAAUAUGGCCCUUGUGUUUAUUUAGCAAUUAAGAAAUUGCUAAUUAGCUCGUCUACUGUGAAAAAAAUUCCUUUAGUGGUGACUCCACAAAAGUUAAUCGCAAGCUGAGAGAUACACUUAUUGAGAUGUCAAUUCAAUUCCUAUUUAUAUGCUACACUAAAUCAUGAACGAUUCAAUGAAUAUAAUGUUAAAAUGAAGUGAGUAUUAACGUAAGAGAGAAGGGUAAUCUGCAAGAUGUAAUAAAAUCAAGUUACUAAAUUAAAUUUUUCAUUCAAUUUUUAUUUCCAGCUUUUUUAAUUAGAAUCUUUGCCUAAUCUCCCUAAGCUAAACGGCUUCUAAGCGUGAACACUAAUUGAACAGAAAAAUCAAUCCUUCAAUAAACAGUUGAUACACCAGCUAUGCUUUGAUUUGAAUUGUUUUAGGAUUGAAGUGCUGGCCUGCUCUGUAUGCCGGUCCUAAGCAAUUUAAUAUUAAUAUAUCAGCGGUCGAAACCUUGGCCCUUACACCAGACUUGAAUCCUAACUUACUUCUUUAAAGUUCAUUAACCUUGAGAUUUUUUCCUCAAGCAUUACUGUUUAUUAC